UUCCUCUAAAGAAAUAAAUUUUAUCAAACAUCCACUUUCACAUGAAAUCAUAUUUUAUUUUUUAAAACAAAUUACAAUUAUGAAUUUAAAGUUAAACCCAAAAUAAACUGUGGUAUCUGCUCUCCAUCUGUGUUGUAUGUGAAGUGAAGCUCACUCUCUUCUGUCAAUCUCUCUCGCCUGAUCGUUGUUGUUUUUCAAGUCACUGAAAGCUCAAUAAUCUCCAUGAAUUCUAGCUUUAUACAUAUGAGGAAAGGAAACGAAAAAAAAAAAGUGUGAAAUGGCUGUGGAAAAUUCUUCUGUUUGGGGAAAUUUUGAUAGAGUAAAAAAUUCCUUCCGUCCACCAUUCGGAUUUAUGAAGUUCAAGUCACGAAUUUCCACUCUGAAAGAGGUAAUUGAGACACUAAAAAAUGAUGAGAUCAACAUCAUUGGAAUAUGUGGAAUGAGCGGCGUUGGAAAAACAACAAUGGUGAAACAAGUUGCCGUGAAAGCCCAAAAAGAAAAUCUAUUCGAUGAGAUUGUUAUGGUAGUGUUAGGGUCCUUGAGUACAAGCUUGAGUGACAUUCAAUGCCAAAUAGCAGACCAAUUGGGUUUGAAAUUGGAGGGAGAGACUUUAAUUCAAAGAGCAGCUUGUCUGCGUCGGAGACUAGCAAAUGGUAAGAGAAUCCUUCUUGCACUUGAUGCAGUUUCAGAAGAGCCCGUCGAUGAGGUUUUGGAAGAGCUUGUCUUUGAUCAGGGGUUUGAUCUUGAGGCCAUAGGGAUUCCGAUUCGGGGCGAAAAUAGGGGUUGCAAAGUUGUGCUGACAUCAGAAGACGAUGUUAUUUGCAGUCAAAUGGGAGCCCAAAAGAAAAUCCAAGUAAAACCCUUGACAAAAGAAGAAGCAUGGCAUCUUUUUAAGGAGAUGGCUGGUGAUUCUGUUGAUGCUCCUGACAUCCGAUCAAUAGCUGAGCAAGUGGUAACUGAAUGCCUAGGUUUUCUACUUGCACUCAGAGCUAUUGGAAGAGUGCUAAAAAAUAAAUCCAAUUUUGUAUGGACUCAUGCACUCAAACGAUUAAGAGAUGAUCAAGAACCAAGAAUUCGAUCUCUUUGUACACUGACAAGAGGAACGGCUGCAUGGAAAGAAGAAACGGCUGCAUGGACAGAAGAAACGGCUGCAUGGAAAGAAGAAACUGCUCGUCCACAUCUUCGUUUAAGUUAUGAUAGUUUAGACGAGGAAGCGAAGUCCUUGUUUUUGCUAUGCUGUUUAUAUCCGGCGUGUCGUGAUAUUCAUAUUGAAGAAUUGGUUAGAUGUGGAAUGGGGCUACGUAUAUUCAAAGAUAUCAAUGGAUUGGAAGAAGCAAGAAAUCGAGUACGAUUGUUGGUUGAUUGGUUAAAAAGCUAUUGUUUGUUAUUAGAUGGUGACAAGGAUGAGAAUGAGAGCAUCAAAAUGCAUGAUUUAGCGCGUGAGGUUGGCAGAACUGGUAAUAAUGCUUUUUGUAUACUGCAUGGAUAUAGUGCGUGGCCGACAUACAUUACUUAUGAAGGUUACACUUCCAUUUCAAUGAUAUCGGAUAAAAUUACAAAGCUACCAGAAUCAUUAAGAUGCCCAAAACUCAGGACGUUACUGUUAGCAUGCAUGAAUAAUUCACUAAAAACACCAAACUGUUUUUUUGAGGGUAUGAGAACAUUGCAAGUUCUAUAUUUGGAGCUCUCCAUUGCGUUGCUGCCGUCAUCACUUCAGUUUCUGAGGAACCUGCAUUCUUUGACUUUGAAUCUUCCAAAUUACGAGUUGGAAAACAUAACUGCAAUAGGAGAGCUAUUGAAUCUGGAAAUCCUCAGCUUUUGUGCUCCCUCUGUCAAGGUGUUACCAGAAGAAAUAGGAAGACUUGCUAAUUUGACGUUGUUAGAUCUAACAGGAUGUCAUCGUCUUGAAAGAAUAUCACCGGGUGUCAUUUCUGGCCUAGUCCGAUUACAAGAACUGUACAUGAUGGGCAGCUUUAGCAAUUGGGAAGCUGACAAAGGAGAAAGCAAAGAAGGAAGAAGAAAUGCAAGCUUGAGAGAGCUACAGUCCUUGUCCGAUUUGAAAAUAUUAGAGAUUUAUAUACCCGAUGCAGCGUUAUUGCCAAGAAACCCUCUCUUUGCAGAUCUGACAAAAUACAAGAUACGGAUAGGUGAUAAUGGCUGGUGGAGCGUGUUCCCAUUCCAAAAGCAUUUGUUAUUGAAACUCGACAAGAGUAUUGCUUUACAUGGUGGGGUUAGUAAGCUAUUGAAGUGUACUGAACUUCUAAGUUUAAGAGGGAAGGGCUCAAGGAAUGUGGUGCAUGAGUUAGUUCAAGAUGGCAUCCAGCACUUGAAGUACUUAUCAAUUGAGUCUUGUGAUAUGCUUUUUUGUCUUGUUGAUACAACGGAUUUAUCACUUGAUUCCAGUGCUGCUAUUUUCCCUAUCUUGGAGUCAUUAAAGCUUGAUGAUUUGCGUAGGUUAAAAGAGAUAUGCCACGGUCAACUUCCAGAAGGGUCCUUUGGGAAACUAAGAACAUUGAUAUUACAACUCUUACCUUCUUUGAUGCAUUUCUUGGUGGAGGAUCCAGCUCAAACUACUGUCUCCCUCCAUAAUCUGAGAUCUGUUGAGUUAGAUCGCUGUAAUGGCUUGCGAAAUCUCUUUUCAUUGUCAAUGGCACAAGGGCUUGUGCAACUUCAAGAACUUCGCAUAUCGCAUUGUGAAAUGAUGAAAGAAGUUAUUUGGGAAGGAAGAGGAGAAGAUGGGCAUGCAACCAACAAGAUUGAAUUCCCUCGUUUAGAAUACAUGGCACUUAUACAACUAGAAGGCCUCACUGGUUUCAGCAGAGGAAUUGACAAGAUUGAGUUCCCUCAACUGAAGAAAUUGCACAUCAAAUGUCUACCAAAGAUCAUGAGUUUCUUUCCCAUUGAGAGUACACUACAUUGAGAUGAAAACUGCAAUGCUACCUUGCAAUCUAUUUUCCCCCAACAGGUUGCAUUUCCCAGCUUGGAGAAAUUGGAACUUGUUGGAUUGCUAAAUGCGAGUGACUUGUGGGCCAGUGAACUUUCAACCGAAUCAUUCUGUAAACUUAGAUCCCUCAAGGUGGAAGACUGUCAUGGAUUAGUGAA